AUGAAUCGAUCGCUGGCUUCAUCGACAAUAAAAGAAUCAUCGACAAAAACAAUUCCACCAGCGAAAUCCACACAAUCGGAAAAAAGUGAACAUUACGGGAUGGAGGAAAAGCUAGAAAAGAAGAAACUCGAGUUACGCGAAAAACGUCGUGUACGAUCAAUCAUUAUUGGAAGAGUAAUUCGUGCUAUACUGCACCUUCUGCUUGCAAUCGGGCUACUCGUACUCGUUAUUUUAGCGUUAUACAUAGUAUGGGAAAUGGGAACCACUUCUUCUGUCCUCAGCAAAGCAUGGAAAUUUCAUCCACUACCUGUCACCUAUCCAUUCGAUAGAUUUGCCGUCUCAUCCAAUUCAGAAAUGUGUAAUGAACUCGCAAGAAUACUUCAUGUAGAAGGUCACAGCUUUCUCGGUGUUGCCACUGCAGUUAUGACUUGUCUUCACAUCACCGAACCAAAUCGUAGAAAGGUCUAUGACCCAGGAGUAGCGAUAUUCGCUGACAUGUGA